GGGAGAAAGAGCGGGAGAACGAGAGAAGGGAAUGCGCGCGAGUGGGAUGGAACGCGCCGAGGUGGGCAAGAGAGAGAGAGAGAGAGAGAGACAGAAGAGAAGACCACGGAAUGCCCGAGGUGCACGGACUAUGGAGCGAGCGAGAGAAAAAGAGGGACGUUCGAGGGACGGCUCGUAAUCAAAGGGGCAACUCGCGGCGCGGAAGAAAGUCAGCCUCACCGAGCGGCUCAUCAGUCCGGCACGGUGCGGUGUCCCGAAUGCACGUCGAUCUUCCGCCGCGUGUCGCUGCCUCGUUGCCACGUGAUUCCGCACCAGCGAUCGCCACGCAAGCCACGCGAACGCGUUCGUUCACCGGGGCUACCGCCUGCCGACUCCGAAAUACUUGGAUGCAUCCGCGAUCGAUCGACAGUCGAUGCGAGACGGUGAGAUAGAGCGGUUCAUCGCGUUCUCGAGAGAAAAUAUUCGCUGGAUUUCGCUGGAACGCGUGGAUGUAGAUCGUUGAAGAGUGUGAAAAGGAUUUAAAAAAUUCCCAGGUCGAUCUGAUACAGAGGGUAUUGCAGGACGAACGAGCGGCGACGACAAAUUUAUGCAAUGCUCACGAGUGACAGAUGAAUGGGAGUGGCCGGCAUUCCAGCGGAGCGUAAAAAUCGACGAGCUUGCGCCAUGAAUUAAAAUCGAUACGAAAAAUGGACGUCGCCAAGGCCACAACGGAGGACUUUGUGACGGUGGUCAGCGUCGGCAGUCAGCCGACGUCGGAGAAUUUCGUGACCGUUCUGUCGAUCGGCAACGGGAAGAAGAGCGAUGCCGGAGAGUCGUCGGUGUCGUGCAAGAACGAAGGGACGAACGGGAUGGACGGACACCUCGAGGAGGAGGUCGAGAUUUUCAGGCUGCCCGGGGAACGUCUCGGUUUCGGACUCAAAUUCGAGGGCGGAAAUAAGACGUCCGAGAGGGUCAGGAGACUGUUCGUGCAAAGCUGCGCGGAGCAGAGUCCGGCCAGCAGAGCCAAGUGUUCGUGGGGCGCUCUAGGCGAGGGAGACGAGGUACUUUCGAUCGACAGUGUACCGGUGACACACAUGACCCGAUUGGAUUGUGUAAGGAGGUUGAAGGAGUCGCAAUUGGUCAUCAGGCUGAUGGUGAGAUGCCGCGGCGCUCUCAGACCCGAAGUGGUGAGCGCCGAGAGAAAAAUCGAGAGGAACAAAGUGCCGCCGGAACUGCCCGCGGCACCCCCGCCGGUACCGCCGCGGAAGCUGAGACAGCCACGAGGACCCGCAGACGGCGAAGCGAAUCCUAGCCCCGUCAAGAAAUCGUGGGACAGCCCAAAAUCGCCGGCUUCGCAGACCGGAAGCGCGAAAGUAAGCUCGUACGAGAGUUGCGAAUCCUCGCCGAGAAGCAUCAACGGAUCAUCGCAUCAAGAGAUGUCGAAGGAAUCACCGAAAAACCGCUCGCCGGAGUUUACGAAAUCGAAGCAGGAACCGCCGGAAGCGAUGGUUUAUCUGGACGCGCGAUCGCAAUGCGGCUCCACGCACGGCAGCACGUCCGAUGACACCGGCAGCUCCAUGUCCACCGUGAUGGAUAGAUUCUCGACGAUGUCCGAUCGCGUGUCGACCAUCUCCACGACGUCCACGGCGUCGACCACCGGCUCCGAACAACCGAGCGAACUCGCGGGCGUCGAUCGAGACCCCGAGCGAUCCUCGUCCGAUCGGGACGUUCUGCUGUCGCGAGCGAUCUGUCCACUCGAGAUGCUCGAGAGGGACUUUACGAAUCCGCCCGAUUACCUGCUACGUCGUCUCGCCAAUUCCGAGGCGGUGACGCACGUGGAGUCGCGGGGCGAAGUCGAGCGUAUCACGGCGGUAGUCGCGCCGAACACGGUGCUAAUCGAGGAAACCAUCACCCUUCAGCCGCCGCUCAGUUUCCAGGACGCCCCGUUGAGUUACGGACACGAGGCCAGGCCAGAUCUCUUCUACACGGCCGACUUGGCCGCCGACUCGACGACGCAUUUCAGGCCAAUUAAGGAUGAUGUGGAGCUCGUGGAGCGCGUCAACGGCAGCGUCCAUGAGGAGAUGCGCGUUUCCGGUACGGAAAGAAGCAACGGUAUCAGAUUGUCGCCGCCACCGUUGCCGGCUAGAAAUCACGUUAAUAGGAUUUGCGUGAAUCAAACGAGCGAAUCUGGAAACGACGCGCGAAUCUCAGAAACGGUGCCCGUCUCGCCCGAGAAGGAACCUUCGGAAGCUCCUUUGUUACCCCCGAAACCGCUGCCGAGGAAAGACGUUAAGGCUAGACGGAAAAGGCCACCUCCGCCACCUCCACCACCGAUUAUAACGCCACGAAGAGAAAUCAAAUCUUCACCAUCAAUCGAGUCGAAUCAUCUGGCGGAGACGGAAGAUGUUUCGCAAGUCAAGAGCGCAGAGUGCGUUAAACCAGGAUUAUGCGACUCGUUAAGCAAAAAUAACGUUUUCCAAAAUUCAACUGAAAUUUCAACUGAAGGAUUCGAAAAUUCAAAUGGAAACGGCGACAGAGAAUCUAAUGCAAAGAACGUUUACCUUGCUGAUGAGAAAGUCCAAACUGCAAGUUCUAGUGAAGAUACACAAACCAACAAAGUACUUGAAAUUAUUGAAAUCAGGAUGGCCAAAGGUUUGAAGUCGAAUCAGAAGGAGGAAAUCGCAAGGCAUGAACCAAAUAGUAUUUCGGAAACGACGAAUUGUGAACAGAAUGGAAUUAAAGAUAAAGUAGCGGAUAGAAACAAACAAGAUCAAUCUCAAUCUAUGAAUAAUUCGAUUGGAAUUUCGACGGAACAAAAUUCGAGUUUAGAACCGACAGAUAAACACGUUGACGAGUCAAAUAACGAAGAGGAAAAGCAUUUUGACUCGGAAAAUCUUUAUCGAGAAGGAAUUCGGACAAAUGAUGACGAGGAUAUUUUCAAGGAAGUAUUUCCGUUAGAAGAUACUUUAUCGAUCGAUAAUUCUAUGCUGCGAGAAAGCGAGGACGACGAAACGUAUCGAUCAUUGGACGAGAUAAACGAUGAUAUGAAAAAUCCGGAUGUGAAUCGCAUGCUGGAGGAAGUUGUGGAAGAAGGAGACACGACCGAUGAAAGCGAUGAUGGCGAUUAUUACUGGCAAAGCAAUCUCGCCACUAUCGGCGAAGAGGAAGAGACUUCCUUGGAGUAUGUGAACGCCAACUCAGACGAUUCCAGCAAACUGGCGACCGAGCCGGAAGAAUCAUCUCCCGCAAUCAAGAAAGAUGCGUUCGUUAAAAACGCGCGAGAUGACGAAGCGGACCACAUGAGCGAGAUUGCAGAGUACACGGAGGAGGGCAGCAAGAAACCGAGCAAAAAUACGGUAAAUGGUAAGAUGGAGAAUUGUGGAGGCGGCCAACGCCUGCCCCCGGAUGGGGACGAAUUUCCAGCAGCGUACCAAGAAUUUAGCAAUAACCAGCCACCGUACAACAGAUACAUUGCCGCGACAAGGACGACAGCGACAAUAGCCACGAAUGGCGAAUUGUGCAACGAGAACGAGACGUUCCGUACCGGCGAGUCAUUUAAGAUGCUCGCGAACGACAGCAAUGUUGUCGGUUCGAGGAGCAUUAUUCUGUCCGAUAGCAAGAUGACGUUGACGAAUCCUGAAAACGUGAGGCAAGAUAUAAACAAAAGUGCUUCGACGAAUACAGAGAACGUACGGCCGGAGAUAGGAGUUAAAGCUAUUGCGGAUAACGCGUGUCAGGAUAACGCCAAGUCCUCCGAGAUUUUUAAUGAGGAGAGAAAAUCAUCCUAUAACACUUCGGAAGAUGUCGCGAAGAGAAACGCUCCUACUGUCGCGGGAAGUCCUCUUUAUUCUUGCCAAACGACGAAUGGCAAUUCAACAAUGAGCGAGAAAAAGAUGGAGAUCGCCGGAUAUUAUCACAAGGACGCGAUGACGAUUGAGGAGUUGCCAAGCCACGUGGAAAAGGACACGCCCGUCGAUAUCCCACCGCCUCUACCAUUAACAGGUCCGCCUAAACUGGAGCCUAAAUUGGAGCAAAUGCACGCCAGAAAUGUUUCUACGAUGGAAUCGCCGCAGAGAAAAUUUUCUUUAAACGGCGAUCUCUGGAGACAGGACGACAAGUCCGAGCGAUCCGUUCGAGAUAAAAUCGCUAUGUUUUCGUCGCAAAGCAACCUCGACGUGCCCUUGUUCCCCAAUGCCAUGACAGCCGCGGCAGUCACGAGCAAUGGCAAACGUCUUUCCAAGUACAAGUCCUCCGAGGACGUUUGCUGCGACGAAAAGAACAGCGGGCAGAAGGAUCGGUCGCCUUUCCUCGUCGAUAGGACGCAAAGCUCUUUCGAUCUCACCGAUUCGGCCAGAGCAUCGACAGGGUACGAUUCCGCGAAGAAAUAUAGUCAGAAGACACCCAGUUUGCCUGCUCAGCCUGCUUUAUUGAGCCCUAUUACGCAACCUAUGCGCGUUCCAAAGAUACUGCCAGUUGUUCCACCGAAAGUUACAUCACUGUCCAGUCCGUACGACAAACAGAUUUUUUCAAAUACGACGACAAAGAAUUAUUGUGCCGAAAAUAACAACUUGUUAAAUGCCACGUAUCCGAAUAUCGGUAAAACUAUUAGUUCUUUUAACGAUGCUAAUAAUUCAGUGAAGACGAGUACGCCUUCAUUGAUACGAGCUACCAGUUUCUCGGGCUCGAUGUCCUUCGUGCAAGAUCGAAAUCCUCCGACAGCAGAUGCAAUCUCACAAAUCGCGAGAACGAACUCUCUGGCAUCUACGUUUAGGCGACCUGGAGAUGACACGAGAAGAAGCAGUUUGAAUCAUUUGAUCGAGCAGAGGCGGAGAUCGAUAUCGAAACUGCGUGGUCUAGUUAUACCGGAGAAAGAUGCCGUGCCGAUAGAUCAGCCCAUUGUCGAUCUACCAGAAAUCAAAUCGCGCGAUUCGAUAUUAUUACAUCAGGUACCAAAGGCAAACAUUCAAGACAAGUGGGGGUCUCAAAGUUCCUUGGCCAGCAACGCUAGCACGGCAAGCCAGCCCUUGAAAGCGACAACAUCCUUCAAGAUGCCGGCGCCACAGAUACACUCCAAGUAUUCUCCAGCUUUCAAGAGAAAAUCUCUCACGGUAUACGGUACAUCUGUAACGACGAGUUCAUCCUCGAUAAACGGUAAUAAUUCGAUGAAAAACUCUCCAUCAAGCACGUCCACAUUUUCGGAACCACCGAAAAGUUUGGAGAGUAUCUGCAGCCCGACGAGAAGUGAUUAUAGUUUCGAGUUCGCCUCAACGACCAGCUCGCCGGAUGGUUCACGUAACAGGCCGAGGAUGGUGCAGAGGAAGGCUCGCUUGGAUUAUGACGAUUCUGACAACGAUUCAGCCGUAAGCAGUUCUCAGAGUAGUAUAUCUCGCGGCUUUAGUCCGCCGAUGUCUCCGGCGCCAUCGGAAAGAUCCACCAUAUCUUCGGAAAGAUCUUACAUUUCCACGGAACUGAAUUACCAACGUCGACCUUUGAUCGUGGACAGUUUAAAUAGGACUUCGGUGUCGCGAGAUGUUAAAGAUCCAAUUAGUGAAUCCGAUAAAGAUCAAUUCGGCAGAAUAGGCCUUCUCAAUGAACGGACGUGCUUGACUGAGAGAUCGUCGUCCAGCAGUAGUGGCGGUUCGAAUUCGCGAUCGCCUCAGCCGAACGAGUUCUUUUCGAGAAAUUCGCAGAUUCCUCAGCGUCAGCUGAAACGAUCGAACAGCACUGAUACGAAUUGCAGCACAUCCUCGACAUUGACAUCUGGAUCUCAGGCUAGCGCCGAGUCUCUAUCCCGAAGAGUACUGAAGCCGCAAAGCGUGGAAGCCAUAAAUCGAAAGAACAUUCUGGCAAGCGCCAGAUGCCGAAGCGGAAGAGAUCUGAACGGAUCGCCGUUAAUCCAGCGAAAAUUCUCGGACGACGAGGACACUGCUAUCGAAAACAGCAGUACUAUUCGUCAGUCAAUCAAUGAUUCGGGGAAUGAUUCCGCGAGCAAACAAGAAAUCAAGAUAGCUUAUAUAGAGGUUGCAGAUCGAUUCGCUAAGGAUGAGGAAUUCUUUCAGAAGAAGGAAGAAUUAAAGCUGCCACCUAAAAGAAGCAUGCUACCGCCGCCAGCUGUUAGACCACCGAAACCUGAAAUGCUAGAGCCAUCAAACGAUCUUAAAAUGUGGGUUCGAGCAGGGGCGAAGACUAUCGAACGAGCCAUGGAAGAAAAAUCAAACAACAAAUAUGAUAAAAGUCCUCCUGUCGUUACUCAAACUUUGGAAACAUCGCCUGUAAUUCAUACAACAAGAAAAAAUCAUAGUUCUAUGUUUGACGAACCUGUUAAUUCAACACUAAAUGGCGGUUUGCCUUCAAAGAGCAAAAUCACAAUAAGCGAAGCAAAAGUUGCUGGAAUGGAAAUAUCAAAGUCACAAAGCAGAAUGAGUGUAAGUCCCAAAAGAAAUACGGAAGAUCAAAACGAUCUCUUAACGAUCUUAACAACAAAGAGCCGUUCUAGAUCAGCUAUACACGUCAACGAAGGAACUUUCGGUAGAUCCAAAAGUCAGAUGAGCCUAGAAGACAUAUUAGCUACUAAAGCAGACUCAAAGUUACUUCGCGCGGAAAGUACGGAGCCGAGAAUCGAGAAGAACGGUACAGGUUCGCUAAUGAAGUCUACUUGGGAUUCGAAGGAAGGUCGAUACUGUAGAAGAGGCUCUACUACGUCGAAUGAAUCCUGGUCGGAAGAUAAGCCUUUCGUUUCAAAGAUUCCUACUUUAGGAAAAGCUAGAAAUAUCGACAGCAGUGAUGAAAUGUCGCAAAAUAUCGAGAGAAUAAGAAACACAACGACAUCGAAGAUUCCGACGUCUCGUGGUUUGAAUCGACGCAGUGCCAGCGUUACAGAUAUGAAGAGAGCCCUGGACGCGAGUCCUGUGCACAGCCAGUCGCAACAGUGCGCCAGCAGCUCUCACAAUCGAUUCCCUAGCCUAGACAGCAGCGUGGACGAGAACAUCGGGACGGAAACGGAUGUCGACAGGUGCUAUGGCGAGCAAUUCGGCAGUAUCAGCUCGUUGGCCAGCAGUACUAGCUUGAUCUCGCAACAAGAGUUAGCGCAGCUCGUGGAGGAGGCGAGUUUAGAAGAGACGCGUGGCGCGCACGACGUCGUAGUCGUUCUGCUUCAUAAGGAAAAUCCGACCGGCAGCGUCGGCAUCACUUUGGCCGGUGGCGCGGAUUGCGAGGUGAAGGAGAUCACGGUUCAUCGGGUACUGACGCACUCUAUCGCAGACAAGGACGGCCGAGUGCAAAGGGGCGACAGGAUUCUCAGUAUAAACGGCAGGAGCACGCGAGGUCUCACUCACAGGGAGAGCAUGGCGGUGCUGAAGCAACCGAGAUCGGAGGUCGUGUUGGUUGUGUCGAGGGCUAGAAUAGAAGAGAGCUGUAAGCUGAGGUCACGGACCGCGAGUGUCGAAACCAUCGUCGAAGGGUUAGAGACGAAUGGAAAUGUAGAGAACACAGCGUGGGGACCGCCGUCGACUGUGGCAGUUUACAAGGAUGGAGCUGGUUUGGGAUUUAGUCUGGAAGGCGGCAGGGAUAGUCCCCUCGGGGACAGACCUCUGAUUAUCAAGAAGAUAUUCACCGGAGGUGCUGCCGAGAAGACAGGUGCAUUAAAAGCAGGGGACCAAUUACUCGAAGUAAACGGUAACGAUGUAACGCGAAUGUCGAGGAUAGAAGCGUGGUCUUUGAUGAAGAAGCUACACGACGGUGAAGUAAAUCUCCUAGUCAGGCAUCCUGCCACCAAAUCCUCGUGAAAAGUAAGGAAUCCCGACGGAAACGGGAGUGCAGAAAUGUGCCAAGCAAGCGACUGGAUAAAUUUUCGAUUGAUACUUGUUAAAUAACGGGGCAUAACGGGCUUAAUAUAUAAGGCGUGAUAAUUUUUUGUUCGAGAUAUUCUAUAUAUAUAACUGCAUUAAUAUUACGUGAGAAUUAUUUUAUCGAGCUUGUAAAUUUGAAUAAUACUGCUUUCUAAACAAAAUAAGAAAUUAUUAUCUCCGAUUUCUACAGAAAAAGUUGUUCACGAUAUUUCUGAGGCGUUUUAAUUAUUGGAUAUAUAUUAUAGAUUUGCUAU